CAUGUCCUUUGAAACCUUUCGUAGAGAAAACCUUGGAAAGUCUGUGAUAUCCAUGGAACUUCCAGUUACCAUUAAGAAAGCGCUCAAACGCUAUGCAUACACACCCUGUGAUAUGCUACAACUUUGCUCAAAUUGUGGAUGACUGCGUUCAUCAGUUCGGUUCUUAAUUAAGGAAGCAAGAAUCUAAGUAUGAGAGGUGGACACGUACGGCGCUUGUUGUAGGAGUACGGGAAAGGGACACUCGAUUUGCAGCUCAGCAUUGAAAGUGAAGGGGGAGGGUAGCUGAUAAAAUGAGUGGAGAUGGGAGAAACGCACAGAGAGUUGAUUGCCCAAACAAAGACAUGUUGGAAGAUGCAUCCAAUAUUUGUGUAGUUAGCUAGAUAUCACAAGCACAUGCAGCUCUGUUCUUUAUCACCAUGUAUCUUAAAUCUUAAUUUAAAACACCAGAUGUUGACCACGAAGUUUCCAAUGUCCCUAUCAAAUUGGCAGAAGCUGGUGAUAAACAGUUAGCAGAGAUGCGUGUUGCUCAUUGCAGGCUCGUGUUCUGGCUCUCGGUGUGGAGACGAGCAAGGGGCCUCCUCGUUUCUUUCUUUCUUUCUUGUCGAAGAUUGUUAUUAUUAUGGCUGGCUAGUUAUAUCCAAAUUUAAAUUGGAAUGAGAAUAGCAAAGAGCCAGUGAUUGGGCUUGGCUCUUUGCUAGCUUUUUCCUUCGCCUUUUUUCUUUGUUUUUUUUUAAUACUUUUAAGAAAAUCUAUCAGAUUCACUUACUUUUUACUUUUUCACUUUUGAUAUAAUUUUUAAAUACCAUUAUAAAUUCUUCGAUCGUUUUAAAUUCAUAAGGUUAAUUUUGUCGUCUUCAAUUUCUCUCUUCCACUACUGUUACUGUUAGAGUUACCGUUUAAAAUAAGUUUGUUAAUAUAAUGGAGUAUCCUUCAUUUUCAUUAUUGAGUUUUGCAGAGGAUUCUUCUGAAUGUGUUAGGGAUUUAGUCUAAAUGACAUUUAUAUUAUCUUGUUAAAGGACUGCCUGAGCAGACUUGGUGAACGAGUGAAGCGAUUGGCUUCUUUCAAGAAAGAGGCCAUGGAGAGAUUCUUAUCAGCUAUGGUACCCGUGGGAAACCAGGCCGGAGGACAGUCGCUCUUAAACACCAUCAAAAUUGCUGUUCUGCCUAUAGCCAAAGUUUUUACCAUGUGCUUCUUGGGAUUUCUUAUGGCCUCCAAGUAUGUUAACAUCUUGCCAGCUAGUGGAAGGAAACUCUUAAAUGGGCUGGUUUUUUCGCUUCUGCUACCUUGCUUGAUAUUUUCUCAACUUGGCCAAGCUGUCACUUUAGAGAAAAUGUUGGAGUGGUGGUUUAUUCCCAUGAAUGUUGUUCUUGGCUCCAUAUCUGGCUCAAUAAUAGGUUUUGUUGUUGCAUCCAUUGUCCGGCCACCUUACCCAUUCUUCAAGUUUUCAAUCAUACAAAUCGGAAUUGGGAAUAUUGGGAAUGUGCCACUUGUCUUGAUUGCAGCUCUAUGUAGAGAUACAUCCAACCCUUUUGGCGACUCAGAAAAAUGUAGCACAGAUGGGACUGCCUACAUCUCAUUUGGCCAGUGGGUUGGUGCAAUCAUUUUAUACACAUAUGUAUUUAACAUGUUGGCGCCUCCACCGGAAGUUACCUUCGAUAUUGAGGAUGCGAAUCUUUCCAUCAAGAGCCCAGCAAAAGAUGCUCCCCCUGAGCAAGUCCCAUUGCUUCUCCAGGAGGAUGCACCAGAAGAAUUGGAUGCGCUAAAGAGAGGGAAGAUUAAACAAUUUCUGGUCUUUCUCUAUGUCAAAUUGAAGCUCAAGCAAAUUCUUCAGCCCCCUAUCAUUGCUUCUAUCCUAGCUAUGUUCCUUGGCGCAGUACCAUUUUUGAAGCGAUCGAUCUUUACAACUGAUGCUCCACUUUUCUUUUUCACUGACAGCUGUAUGAUUCUCGGGGAGGCCAUGAUUCCAUGCAUUUUGUUGGCACUAGGAGGCAAUCUCAUUGAUGGACCGGGAAGUUCUAAACUUGGUUUUCGGACAACUGCCGCUAUUAUUUUUGGUCGGUUAGUUUUGGUGCCUCCUGCUGGACUUGGCAUAGUUACAUUGGCUGAUAAGCUUGGCUUCCUCCCUCCUGGUGAUAAGAUGUUCAAGUUUGUCCUGCUUCUGCAACAUACAAUGCCUACAUCUGUCCUUUCUGGUGCCGUGGCCAAUCUAAGAGGCUGUGGAAGAGAAGCUGCUGCUGUUCUAUUCUGGGUUCAUAUUUUUGCUAUUUUUUCAAUGGCUGGAUGGAUUGUCCUUUAUCUCAACUUACUGUUCUGAAAUCGCUGCGUUAAGUAUGUGUUUCUUAACGGUUGGCCGAGUUAACAAACGAAGCUUUGUUUGUAAGUGCUGCAGAAGGUGCUGUAGAAUAUAUAUAUUAAGCUUCAGUAUGAUUCCUUUUUUUA